AAUUCGAAAAUGAAAGCAUUAUUAAUAUACCCGCAAAUGUUAUGGUGAAGAAAUGGUUGCCACAAAGUGACAUCUUGGCACACCCUAAUGUACGCGUAUUCAUCACGCAUGGCGGGCAGCUGGGCUUGCAGGAAGGUGUGCAUUAUGCAGUGCCAAUGCUGGGUAUGCCCUUCUACUGUGAUCAGCACCUCAAUCUGAAGAAAGCUGAAUUUGGCGGCUAUGCCGUUACCUUGGAUUUCCAUAAGCUUACACGUGAAACUUUGAAGGACGGUCUGCACCAGUUGCUCUUCAACGCCACCUAUCGCGAAAAUAUCAAACAAAUUUCACGCAUUUUCCACGAUCGUCCAAUGGGGCCGCGUGAGACGGCACUCUACUGGAUCGACUAUGUGAUACGCCACAAUGGGGCGCGUCAUUUGCGCGCUGCUGGCUUGGAUUUGAAAUGGUACCAAUUCUAUUUGUUGGAUGUAGCUGCUCUCUUCAUGGCUAUUAUGUUUUCAAUAAUGGGAAUUGGUUUUGUAUUCGUGCGUUGGCUGUUACGGCGCUGCAGCAGUUGGCAAGCCACAAAAGAAAAAACUCAAUGAUGAAUAGUUUUCAAAUACCUCUGUCAAUGAAAGUGUAUAUCCUUACGUUACUUUUAAGUUCUAGACUGGUACAAUUACUAAUUUUAAUAUAUGUAUAUAUUUUUUUACGUAGAAAUAACUGAAAUAAAAUUAAUUCAUCUGAGCUAUCGCCAGUUGAAUC